AUGAGCAGCCGAAGCCCAGCCAGGCUCUUGGACCUUGCCAACCAGAGCCUGCUGCAGAACGAAGCCUUGGCCGUUGCCUCUCUGGAGUCACUGCCCGCGCAACUCUUCCUGCCCUUGUUCCUGGAGGCUGUUGCUGGGAGACACAGCGAGACUCUGAAGGCAAUGGUGCGGGCCUGGCCCUUCAGCCACCUUGCCCUGGGGGCUCUGAUGAAGGCUCAGCAGCCUCAGCAGGACAUCUUAAAAGCUGCGCUGGAUGGGCUCGAUGACCUGCUUGCCCACAAGAUCCGCCCCAGAAGAUGGAAGCUGAAAGUGCUGGAUUUACGGCUGAAUGCUAAUACCAACUUCUGGGACGUAGCGCCUAGAACCUGGGACUGGUCCUCUGUGCGCUCGUUGGAGGAGCCGGAGGCCGCCCAGCCUAAGACGAAGAGGCCAAAAGUGGACGACUCAAGGAAGGAGGAGAAAGAGCUCUUGGCCCCUGUGCAGGUGCUCCUAGAAGACUUUUGUCUCCAGAAAGCCACCCCCGAUGAAUUCCUCACCUUCCUCAUGAAGAGGGUCAAGCAGGGAAAAGGUCUGCCACAGCUGUGCUGUAGGAAGCUGGAGUUUCUUGAUAUGCCACUCGGACACAUUCAGAAGAUCCUGAGAAUGGUGCAGCUGGACUGUGUCCAAGAGGUAGAAGUGAAUGGCCACUGGGACCUGCUCACCCUGGACAGCUUUGCUCCUCACCUCAGCCAGAUGGUGAAUGUGAGCAGACUGCGCGUCUCUCACAUCAUGACGAUCUCCUUCAUUCCCUGGGCGGCGGACGAAGUGGACAAGCUACUUUCCCAGUUCAGCGCUCAGUUGCUCAGUCUGCACCAGCUCCAGGAGCUCCACCUAGACUCUGUCUUCUUCCUGGAAGGCCGCCUAGACCAGGUGCUCAGGUGCCUGAAGAGCCCUUUGGUGACCCUCUCGCUGACUAAUUGCUUGCUUUUGGAGUCUGACUUGACCCACCUGGCGUCCUGCCUGAGCACCAGCCACCUAAAAAAAAGGUACCUGAAUUUGAGUGAGGUCAACAUGAUGGCCUUAAGUCCCGAGUUCCUCCAAGUUGUGCUAGAGAGAGCCUCAGCCACCCUCCACCGCCUGGCAUUAGAUGGGUGCGGGAUCAGGGACUCCCAGCUCAUGUCCAUCUUGCCUGCUCUGGCCCACUGCUCCCAGCUCACCAGCUUCAGCUUCCGUGGAAACCCAGUCUCCGUGGCGGCCCUGCAGAGCCUGCUGCGGCACACCGUCCUGCUGAGCAGGUUCAGACUCGGACUUUUUCCUGUCCCUCUGGAGUGCUAUGUGGGCCUCCAAGGCACCGUCGACCUGGGCAAUCUUCGACGCUCUCUGGCUGAGCUGAGACUGAUACUGCAGGACGUAGGGCGGCCCAAUUCGGUCUUAUUGUUCAGCGACAGCGCCUGGACCUAUGAUGUGAUUCUCCUCUAUUGCGUGGCCUGA